GUUUCAUGAGUUAGAUGAAUAAGCCUUUUGUUGAGUAAGGUCUUAUACAUAUAGUGGAGAAGAGGAACAGACUAAGAAAGAAGGGCUGAGUAGAGGAAAGAUGCAUAGCUCAAGAACCUGUAAGGUGGCUCGCUACAUACCUGAGAGGCUUUUCCAUUUUUCUGUGAGUCCAGGAAGAUGGGCAGCUCCUCUGACAUGGCAGAUGGAGUUCCUGAAGAUCCUUCCCUGGCGCCGUGCUGUCCUGGCUGUGCUUCUGAACCUGCUGGCCCUCAGCCUGUCCACCACAGCCCUACUGGGCAGCUACUGGUGUGUUGGGACUCAAAAAGUUCCAAAGCCUUUAUGUGGGAAGACGAAGACUACCAAAUGCAUAGGUGUCCCUCUGCCUCCUGAUGGAGGAGUUGGCAAUUCCUCUUUCCCUUUGCAAGAUGUUGUGCACUAUAGCUGGGAGACUGGGGAUGACCGCUUUGCCUUUCGGUACUUCCAUACAGGCAUGUGGGUUUCAUGUGAGGAGAACAUCGAAGGCUCAGAUGAGAAGUGUCGCAGCUUCAUUGAACUUUCUCCUCCAGCAGAACGAGGCAUCCUCUGGUUGUCAGUCGGCUCAGAAAUCAUGUACAUAGUUUUACUGCUGAUUAGCUUCAUACUUCUGAUAAUGGAGAUGCUGUACACAGGAAACCCAGUUUGUGGGUUGAAGCUCAAUGCCUUUGCAGCUGUCUCCUCAGUAUUGUCAGGCCUACUUGGGAUGGUGGCUCACAUGAUGUACAGUCAAGUCUUCCAGGCAACUGUUAGCCUGGGGCCAGAAGACUGGAGACCACACUCAUGGGACUAUGGUUGGGCCUUCUAUAUGGCAUGGGCCUCCUUUACAUGUUGCAUGGCUUCUGCAGUCACAACACUGAACACAUACACCAAGACUGUACUGGCAUUCAAACGCAACCAUGAGAAAGCCUGCGAAGGGAGCUUUUCAGCCAACCAAUCUCAACACCAUCAGUGCUUCAUGCCACCACAGUACCACCACCACAGAGACCAAGCAGGUGGCUUCUACCAGCACCAAGAUAAACUUCCCCAUUCCGUCUCCGAAGUUGUUGAUUUCUACUCUGAGCUGCAACAGAAGGUGCUACAGAGGGAGCCUGACCUGGAGAUGAAUGAGGUCCUGAGAAAGGCUGUUGUGGAGGAUCCCUGUUAGGACAGAUGGGGAGGGUUUUCCAGAGAGUAGAAAACGAAGAGAACUCUAAUCCAGUACACUAGCCUAUUCUGGGGUUUCAGCUUCUUUGUUUCAUUCUGCUGGGAAAUUUGGAAUCAGUGUGAGGCUUGUGCUUUGGCCGGACAGCACAAUUCUGGCCAACAUUGGGAUCAGAAUAAAUCAAAUUUAUGUUUAGUUCAGGUCUCAAAUGUUUCAGUGAACAUAUACUCCACAGUGAAUGAUUCUUGGCUUGUUUAUAGUUUUCUAAAUACUGUAUGUUUUGUGAGAUUAAUAGCCUGGUGGUGGAGGGGAGACGUAAGAAAGCUUCACCUUAUAUCUAUAUCUGAGCUAGGGUCAAAACAUUCACUAAAAAGGCAUUUUAAAGCAGGACACUUUCUAAAGGGCCAAGAAUGAAGAAAUGGUGUCUGCCUGCAUUUUCUUUCACACAGUCCAACUGGAGAAAGCAUCUACCUAGCUCUCCCUUCAGAUCAAAGGUGCACAGAAUUCAGCCCUCCAGAUGUUAGACCGCCGCUCUCAGGAUUCCUCACCGUUGGCUAUGGGUUCUUGGAGCUGCCAACCAACAAAAAUGGAGGGCCAUCCCUGCUUUAGACCCUCAUGCAAUGUAAGCAGGUUGGAGACAGAACCAGGAGGGUGGAUGCAAAUGAGGGUGGGGCCAGCAGCACUGUUAAGUGCAUGGAACCCAUUUGCAUGAGUUACACAUGACCGGGGCUUCAACCACACACUGAUGGGUUCCUAAUGCUUUUCCAACCUGCCACAUUUCUCCC